AUGAACAGCCAGCCAAUAUCAACGAUGGCGAUGGUGUGCCUGGACUCGAUCAUUCGUUUUCUAUUUAUCUUAUUUGGAUUUGGCGUUAGCAAUUCCCUCGAACAGCAAAUGGACAUUAAAUCGUUGGCGUACAUGAGUCCUACGGAAUUACAGAAGGCCGUACAGUAUGCGAAGUGGAAGUCGUUGCACGACUGCCUGUUCAUCCGCGAACAGCGACAACAAAGCGCCCUGCAUCCGCCGUCAUCCAAAGGCUUGAACUCGGACAGCAACGAGUCAUGGGCGAACAAACAGUUCACCGUAAAUUCCUCGAGGUACGGUCUGAUACAAAAGUGGCCUCGGGGCAGGAUUCCGUACACGCUAGACGAUCGGUUUUCGGUGGACGCCCGUCAGAGGAUCUUCAACGCCAUGGUGUCGAUCGAGCGCAGCACGUGCAUCAGGUUUGUUCCAGCGUCUUCGAUGAACCUAACGGCUUCCAGCGGAUGGGUGAAGAUUCUGGUGAAUCGGAAUCCGAGCUGCAAGUCGCACAUGGGUAAGAUCGACGGGGCGGCGAACAUGGUACUGUUGCACGUUCCUGCGUGCAUGACCGAGGGCGUCAUCAUCCACGAACUGAUGCACACCAUCGGUCUGCUGCACGAGCACACACGCAACAACCGCGACCAGUUCGUGGAGGUGGUGUGGAAAAACAUUAAGGAAGACGGCAAGCCGAACUUCAUGAAAGAUGCCGGCUACGCACCGCACAUCCCGUACGACUACGAAAGCGUUCUGCACUACCACGACAGCGCUUUCUCCGUCAACCGCCUUCCGACGUUGCGUGCUCGAGCGUUUAUGAAUUUCGAAACUGGCCCACUACUACGUGGAAUUACCAAAAAACUCCGGUAUGGGAGGGGGUGGGUGAAGCUCAAUUAGCU